AUGGGUACCAGUCCAUCGUACAUGAUGAUGGCCAACCAAAGACAGAUAGCGUUGGCAAGGCACGAAGCCGACGCCAUUCCUGUCCACCAGCCAAACCCAGCCGCUAAUCGAGAGGACAACGAUGAGCAUUCCGUCACAAGGAACCCACAAAGCGAAGAGCAUUCGCAAGAACAACCGCAAGAACAACCGCGGGAGCUACCACAAGAGCAACCAACAUCUUCCAGCAGUAGCAGCAGCUGUCCAGCUCCACUCCACAAACACUCAAGGAAGGAAUCUCUGUCUGAAAAAGGUCAAGCCGCCAUUGACAAGAAGUACGAAGCCAAGCGAGCAGAGGCAGCGUCCUGGCACUAUGCUCACUGCGAUCGGCUUGAACAAAAUGAAUGUGGGAACCGAGAACGGCGGGAACAACAGCAGAGGAUCGAUGGAAAGUAUCAGAGAAAGCUUGAGAAGAUCAAGAAGAAGCACAACAAGGCACUCGAAAAGGUCGAUGAAAAGAACAUGAAGCUCGAAGAGAAGAAAAGUCGCAGUAGGGCGAGCUCAUCAGCCAAUAGCAAGUUGUCCAGAAAAUACAGUACUGGAGAAACGCUGGACAGUAUUCCAAGAGCUCGCACAGAUGAUGCCGACGAGAAGCAGCCCAGACGAAAAAGCUUCAAGGACAGGCUUCGUGCUCUUUCAUCUCCUAGCUUUCACCAUGCGCCUGUCGGUCCACCUUCACGUCCUCUCGCCACGGGAGGAGGUGCACCUACUAUGGUUGGUGUUGGUCUUGGAGGAGUUUAA